GUACCGCCAAUAGAGGCAGGGUAUGCGGCUGCUAUGGGGCCCAUGGGAGGGGGGGGCCCGGAGUGGAUGUAAGGCACCGCCCCCUAAUUACACUAUUACAACAAUGGCUGCUGUGGUGCAGCCAGCGCUACUGUCUUGAGUCCCUGUCUGGGGCUCCGACGGGCAAUGCUUUCCUUGUGCUCAGGGCUCCCUCCACCUUACAUGCUUUGAGCACGUCCCUGCGCCAGCUCCAGCACUCCGGCAGUAACCUCCUGACACAGAACUAAGUGGGCGGGGUUUGGGAGUCAGGACCUGCUGCGCAGCCACAAACAGAUAAUAGAUGAGGCAUGGCGGAAAUAAUUUGUCAUGGCGGUCUGGUCCGAAGGGAGAAGAUGACAAAAGAGAACGUCUACAUCGAUGAGACAUCAUCAGAUGUCAGAAAUCGCCUUGGCACAAUGAUAGUUACUCCAGUAUACGAUGACUCUGAAGCCGUGGAGCUAAGUGCCCUUUACCAUCUGUAUCUUAAACCCAAAGCAAAAUUAAUCCUCUCGAUUAUACUUCCAGAUGAAACCGAACAAUGCAGACCAAUAUCAAACUGGGACAUUUUGGAAGAGCUGAAAAAUGUGGUUGCUCCAGACAAAUUUAGUUCUCUUAGGGUUUCAAGAACAACAAAAGAAUUUAUUCGAAUUGAAGGAGAAACGGACACUAAACUUCUGGCUAACAAAUUUUUUGAAAAGCUUAACGGGCAAAGCUUGCCAAUCAGUUGCCUGCCUAUACCAUUAAACAUGGUAGUAAUUCAGGCGCCUGCUGACCUUCCAGCCAAUGACACCACUAAGAAAUUACUUACAGAAAAUGAAGAUUCGGAGGACAAUGCAGAGAAUUUUACAUCGCCAUCUUGCAUUCAUUUAGAGGGCUUGCCAAGUAAAUGGUUCUUGGCAAUGGAUUCAAACUCCGAAAAGCCAAGUGAAGAGGUUUUGAGAAGCACUUUUGAAAAAUUUGGAAGCAUUGUGAAUAUUGACAUACCUAUGCUGGAUCCAUAUAGAGAAGACGGGAGUGGAAACCAGCAGGGAACUGGUGGUCUUCAUCCUUUUGAUGCUUUCCUCCAGUUUCAAAAUAUGUCAAGUGCUAUAGAUGCAGUGCGGUCACUACAAGGGAUGAUGCUCAUGUUUAACACUGAGGAUGGAAAAUAUCUGGCAUGUGAUGUUAAGAUAUCUUUUGAUGAAACCAACCACUUUAGUGAGGAGGCCAUAAACAAGAGGAACGCUGAACAUCUCAAAUUACAAGAGCUGGAGCAGCAGCGGAAACAGGAGAAGGAAGAGGAGGAGGCUGAGAGAAAAAGAAAACUUGCAGAGAGAAAGGCAAGAGCAAGGAAAAGAAGGGCCAGGCUGAAAAGGAAACUGCUAAAACAGAAGCAGAAUGAGCAAAAGGCACUGCAGCAACAACAACAGCAGCAACAGCAACAACAACAGCAGCAGCAGCAGCAAGAGAACUGUCCUGAGGAAGAAGAAGAGGACACAGAAGAAUGGCAGGAGAGGAAAAUGCUCCUUGCUCAGAGGCGACUUGAGUCAAUAAAGCUACUUACUGCUGUCUUGGAUAAAGUUAAUGAUUUGGUUCAAGUCAAUAAACUUGAAGAAGAGCAAAUGAACUGUGAAUUUGCUGGAUUCAGUGACUGUUCUGUGUCCACAUACUCAGAGAACAGUAAGGUUAUGUCCUUGCCUUUUUCGGAUGAGGAGAAAAGCAAUCGCCAUGAAACGGAUAUUUGCUUUGAAGAUGAAGCGGAAAUUAUAGUAUCCAAGGAAGAUACUCAGUUGCACGAGUGUGGAGAAAGAAAGGACACAAUGACUGAAAACAAUGACCAGAAAUUAGCUGAUGAAGAGCCUUACUUUGAAGAUGAAACAUGUAAAGAGCAAGACACAAAAAUUACUUAUCAUAGUCGACGAAUUUUUAAACUAUCACAAGAUGAUCCCAUAAACAAAUCUUCUAAAAAGAAGAAAAUUUAUGAAACUGAUGAAUUUAUUAACUACUUGUUAAAUUAUUACCAUUAUCCAGAGUAUGCCAGAUUAUUUUUGGAAACCAAAGAAAGUCAGAACAACCCAUGGUGUCGGAGAGUAGUGCGUUGGAAAGGAAACAGCUUCCAGAUAAAGCUUCAGAACCUUAAUGGGCAUUUUGCAGAGAUGAACUUUAUGCCUGAGUUGGAGGAGGAAUCAGAAGAAGAUAGUGGCAAAUGGGAAGACCCUCUUGAACAGUCAGAAGUGAAACCACAAGUUCCUCUAGAGCAAAGAAAAGAUGCUACUGAAUCUAACAAGCUUCUUGUGACUGAACAUGAGGUUCCAGUUACGAAAGCAGUGAAGCCUCGUUUGAUAAAGACUCGUGAAAGGUCAUAUAAAGAAACAUGGGAUGAUAAUGAUAAUGACAGCCUUAGCUCAGUGCCCAACAGUGAACUAAAAGAAGUGCUGGAAGAGAUAAGCAGCACAUCAGAAUACUUCAGUGAGGAUCUCAGUGGAAUUUCAGGUAAGCAAACUAAUAUCAGAAGAACUUCAAGAAAGCAAAGGAGAAUUAAACAACUGAAAAAAUUAAAACACUACAAUGUUUCUGGCCAUCCUCAGUUCUGCCACCAUGAGGAUAUUUUGGAUAGCCUGUUGCAUUCAUAUUACCACCAAUUAAAAAAACAUUCAAGACUUAAAGUGGCUCAUGCCCACAGGAAGAAAGCAGCUUUACAAUAUGACUCUGAAACAACAGACUCUGAUUCUGACACGGAGGCUGAAUUUCGAGCAACAUGGAAAAGAAAAAAGGCAAAGUUAAAAAAUCGCAUCUGCCUUUUGGAAGAGAAAAAAGUCAAUAAAGAAAUGUACUCGAGCUCAGAAAGUGAUAGCAGCUCAAGUGAUGAUGAUCAGCACAAAGGAGACAUCUGGCGACGCCGCCAUAAUGGCAAGCCAAGACGAAAGGUACACAAGAAAGGGGGUUCAGGUUCUGAGGAAAAAACCUUGAGACAUUCAGAUUACUGCUUUGCAGAAGAUGUUUCAGUUGAUGAGUCAGUUGAACAUGAAGACUCCCCAUGGGAUGCAGAUGAAACUCAAACUAGCUGUAGUCUAGGUUCAGGUCCUCUUAUGGCAGAAAAAAAGCAGCCUGGAGGUCGAGCAAAAAGUUCAUACUCUGAUUACAGGGAUUGGGAACAUCAUUUCUACAAGGGGGAAACAUGUAAAAAUUAGAUUUUCACAUAGUUGAUGUUGGGGUAUAACUAUUUCAUUUUUAAUGUGUAUGGACAGUGAUUGUGUUUUUGUAGCACACUUAAUUAGAAAAAUAGGUUUAUUUUUAGAAAUAUGUUGAUUUAUUUUAUGAAAACUGUAUGCAAAUUCUCAACUAAGAAACUCUCUAACUGAGGAUUGAUAAAUAAAAUCCAUCUUCAGCAUCUACUGGACUCUGAAGACACUAGAUAACUAUGUGAUGCAGAGGCAGGCUUCUUAGCCUGCCUCUUGUCUCCCUGCCACAGCCUCUGCCUCCCUAUACAUAUGUUACUAAAAAUGAUUUGAUAUGCUUCCCUUCAGACAGUUUAUCUCCUGCCAGCGAUCAGCACUGGCAGCAGAGCCCCUACUAUUUUUCCAGGACGGGAGAGGAGUAGGGCUGCCGCAAACGGUAUAUGUACAGAAACAUAGUAUACUUGCAUAUAAGGAGGCAGAGGCUGGGGUUGUGAGACCAGUGGCAGGCUGAGAAACCUCCCUCUGUAUCUUACAAUUAUUCACUGUCUAGUGUUCAGUUGAGGGAUAUACUUAGAGGGCUGCUAAUGGGAGACUUUACAUAUGGUUUUCUAAUAAAAUUAACACAUUUCCCUUAUGAAGUAAAUUGCAAAAAUAUUUACACACACUGUCUCUACAUAUUAAAAAAAAAAUUGAAGUGACAACUGCACUUUAAGAACUAUUCUCUAGUGCAGGCAUCCUCAAACUGCGGCCCUCCAGCUGUUACAAAACUACAACUCCCAGCAUGCCCAAACAGCCUAUAGGUAUCAGCCUACAGCACAGCAUCGUGGGAGUUGUAGUUUUACAACAGCUGGAGGGCCGCAGUUUGAGGAUGCCUGCUCUAGUGCCUUAUUACAUAUUUAUUUUCAGGAAAUAGUAAUGCAUUGACUAAUGCUUUAUAGUUGCACAGUUUGUGGAAAAUUUAAGGGUGUGUAUACUUUUGCACUUCAUUUCUUUUAUUGCUCCAUUGUAUCUAAAAGAAGAAAGAUGCACUUCUGCAAAUAAUCUUGAUAUAAACUAUACAUCUAUGCAUACCAAUAUGAUUAGAGACUAUAAACAAUGGCAGAACUACAGGGGUUGCAGCAGUCAAAGUUGCAAUGGGGCCCUUAAGCCAGGAAGGCCCCAUCACCACACUACUUGUUUGAUCUCCUUUCUCAUUUCCUUUGAUAUUUGGCAUCCAAAGUAUGGUAAAUCUGAGACCCUGGAUUGGAGGAGACUGGGAAGAUUUAUGAUGUCAGAAAUAAGACCAUUAAAGGGGUUGUCCGAGUUAUGAAAAAAUAAAUAAAAUAAAAUAGCACUGAAAAUCUGAUGGGCAGCAAUAUAUAACUAAGCUAAGCAAGUUUUA